CAUAUUUAUCCCGCGGGAGAGUUACCAGACCAUGUCGGGUAUGGGAUUAUUUGGCCAGUUACGGUACCGCCACCUGUACCGUAUUCCAGUAUUUGUUUUGCAUGGACUUGAUGGUGGAGGAAGUCGUAACCCCCUCACUCUUGUCACUGUGAUGAGGAGUCCAGCAAUCCUCUCCCACAUAAUUAUCCAUAAUCUCAUACAUUAUUAGUUUUGAACCCAGACACCAGAAUCAUUUUUCUUAAACAUGGUACAUCAUUACACAGCGGAACUGUCAUAAAAAUUAAUUUUUACAAUUCUAGUCUGCAUGUUGGAAGGAAUACGGUAGUCUAUGGCUGCCCACUGCUUAAAAACUCUGCUGGGGACAUGUAUGAAGCGUCAAACAACAGUAUCAUUUGGAUUAAGUUGUAUUAGAAUUCCGAAGAGGAAUUUUUUAUCAACUACUUAUGGAAAUACAAAACAUUGGAAAAAAUUUAAUGACAUCGAUGGUGAUUUAUUACGGGAUAUGUCUUCGACAUGUCUUUUUAUUGAUCGCUGUUCAGAACGAAAUUAUCCAUUUACAUCAUUAACGAUGGAUAAAAUGGUGCGCACAAUCGAAGAUCGCGAAGACAUAGACACUUCCAUGUACUAUUUAUACAAAUUUAGACACUCAGAUGCAUGCUAUUUUUUGCGUCCUUGGACAAUGCAUAUUUGGUUUAGCAAAUGUAUUGAGCACGAUGCAAAAGACUUAGCAUUAAAAGCACUUGAUGAAACUGCACAUUAUGGACUAUUUCCUGAUGAUGUUGCUUUCAACAUGUUUUUAUGGGAUUGCUUAAAAAAUGAAAGUCAUGAAAUGGCGUUUAAAGUGGCUUCACACAUGUUUCUUUUGGAAAGAUUAGACUCAAAAUUGUCCCAGUCACUUUGUUUGAUGACAAUUCUUAAAAGACUAAAAAUAACGAAAGAUAGUGCUGAAGCAGUCACACUGCCAGAGUUUCAAUCUUUAGCAGUAAAAAGAAAUUUUGGUGGGAUAUGUUUGAGAUUGGGGCAGCUAAUGGAUAUAAGAAAUAUCGAAAUGCUUGGAUUUGGUAUUGUCGGUGCGGUCGAAAAAGAAAACGGUAUUCGUAGUGUUUAUCAGAAUCCAUGGGCACCAUUAUCAUGGGAAAAGGGCUAUUUCGAGAGAGGACUUCGGCUUAUGGGGUCAGAAGGUACCCCUGUACCACGUGACGUCAUAAAUAUAUUGCUCGAAGUUGUGAAAGAUAAUGAAGAAUUAAUUAAUUUAUUGAAUGACAAAAUUUCAACUCUUGAAUCUGAGAAACUGAUUUCGGAGGAUAAUUUCUUGGAUAAAUUGAAUGAAAAUUUGGCAUCACUCAUACCUGAAGCAGAAAAAGAUGAACAGGUCGCAUAUGAAAACACAAUAACAAAAUGGGUUGAUGAAUACAAAGAACUAUGCGAUAUUGAAAAACAGAUUGAUGUUGAAAACACCAUAGAACGAGAAAAAUAUUUCAAAAGUAAGAAGAUUAGUGAGACAGCAAAGCGAAUGGCAAUUGAGCAACUUGGCUAUUGGGAAUUAUUAAAGAGUGACGAUGAUGACAAAGACAUACCUCCACAUUUACGAGAUGAUUUUGUUAAAGGGUCAACAUCAGAUGUACAGAUCGAAAGGCGGAGAGACACUGAUGAAAUUUAUUUCUACCCUAUUCAAUCAGUAGCAGAGCAGUAAAAAGUGUUUCUAAAGUUGUAUAUUAUAUAUAUAUAAGUUGAAUUACACUAUUUCAUGCUGUUUUAAUCUUGCUGCUGCCCUAAUUUGACAAGGUGAAACCAGUUUCGACCAAUGAUAUGCAUACCACGGGCGCAGCCAGGAUGAUUUCUCAACAGGGGGUUAUUCUUGAAUUAAAAUCGUUCGCCAGAUGUGCUAUUCACAGGGACGUGGUGUUAUUGCGUCUUAAAGAUCGUUAGUAGCGUAAUAUUGUUGAAUGAAUUCCCAUUUUCUAUCAAUUAUAUCUCAUGCACCAGCAUUUAGAAAAGGUUGAUAGAUGAAAAUUAAAUAAUACUGAGCCCAAAGUACGACUUGUGGAUAUUGGACAUCCUGUCUCGUAAAUAUUGUUUAUUAGCACAAAACCGAGUUCACUUGUUGGAUUUAUUACCUGUGCAUGAAUUGUAAAACUACAUUAUGGGUGUUAAAAGUUAAUAAAGUCAAAUAUUAUUUUAUGUGUCAUGACGUGUAUUCCAAAAAUUUGGGAAUUUCUGAUAUAUGCAUGUAACACUCUCACCUUUCAAGUGACCAAUCAUUAAAAAACUAUUACUGGUA